AUGGAAAGCAUCGUAGCAUUUUACAAGUCCCUCAUUUACAUUUAAGCUCAGGCAUUUCCUUUGAAUAAUCACACGGCUGAUUUGAAAAAGUAAGCAGUGAGUUUUCUCGCAGAGAUGCAUGAAGCUAAUCGUGGAAUCAUCUGCUGAUACUGUUGAGGUUGAACGAGUGAACGAGUGCCCUGCUGCUGCUGCUGCUGUCCCUUCAACUCACUCACAGAAAGAAGACAGCUGCUGUUUCAAGCAGAGGUUCUUGGGAGGAGAGCUCCAGUUCCAGUCAGCCCUCUCUUACAGCCUUAACCCUCACGUCCACACGCACACCGACUGCCCGGCCAACAUCAAAGCCAGCUCUCGCUCUCUCUCUUUGCCUCCUGCUGGGCACAUCUCCUCCCGUCUGUCCUUAUAGGGGGAUGUCUGUCCUCUAACUGCCUCUCUCUCCACUAACUGAUAGCAUAUAAUUUUGGGUGCUGCUAUGGAAGAAUAUGACGUGCCGUCAGCCGCCAGUAUCCUGGCAUCAGUCAAAGAGCAGGAGGCGCGCUUCGAGCGUCUGACCAGGGCCCUUGAAGAGGAACGCCGCAAUGUCUCCUUACAGCUGGAACGCGGCAGUCUGCCCUCUGAUCGACUGGUAGGCGGAACCACAGGCGGGAGCAACCAACCGCUGGCCUGGCAACAGAUGGUCAUGCAGGAGCAGAGCCCCAGUAACCAGACAUCAUUGGCUAUGAUGCAGGAGCCCCAGGAGGUUAUGGAGGAGACUGUAACCAUAGAGGAAGACCCCGGCACACCCACCUCUCAUGUUUCUGUGGUUACCUCAGAGGAUGGGACUACACGCCGUACAGAGACUAAGGACAAUGUGACUAAUAUGAAGGUCACUAAGAUGGUCAAGACAGUGACAACACGGACAGUUCGACAGAUGCCACUGGGUCCCGAUGGCCUUCCUCUUCCAGAGGGCUCGUCUCCACUGGGAAGCUACACUGACUCCAUUGACCGGCGCUACAUGAAGAAUGGCGAGCGCUUCAUUACACCCCAGGCCACUUCCACCCUCACACGCUCAUACAACAAUUACAGCGACUCCUACAGUGAUGCUCCAGACAGUCAGUUUCGCCAUUACGCCCUUCACGAUGGAUACGGAGACAUGCCCAACAACUAUGGAAGUCUGUCUCGUGGAGUCAAUUACAGGCCCUAUCAACCCUACAUGCCCACUGGUGGAUACCGGGCGGAGAACAGCUACACUCUCCCCAUCCGCAAGGACGACUAUGGCCAUGUGGCCCAGCCUCAAGUCCCAAUGGGAAGUAGCACUGUGGAUCUCAAUCGCUCUCAGCCUGAGCGCUUCCAACCCGAACCCUACGGCCUGGAAGAUGACCGCCGCAGUCUAGGCCCAGAUGACGAAGAGCCGUAUGACCUAGAGCCUGAUUAUUCCACAGCUAACCGCCGCACACUACCCGGACGUACCAUUCGAGAGCCAUUGCGCAACGGCCCCCGCGUGAGAGGCUACGAGGACCCCAUAGAGGCUGAAUUAAUCGAUGAAAGACACCCCUACAUCCAUGGCAUGUACCCAGCACCUCUUGCACAGCCCGAGAGGGGCAGCUUGGCCAGUCUAGACCGUAUGGGCGGCCGACGCUCCCCCUCGAUUGACAGCAUCCGCAAAGACCCGCGCUGGAGGGACCCCGACCUGCCUGAGGUCAUCGCCAUGCUAGGCCACCCCAUCGAUCCAGUCAAAUCCAAUGCAGCUGCCUACUUGCAGCAUCUCUGCUAUGAAAACGACAAGAUAAAGAAAGAUGUUAGGCAGCUGAAGGGGAUCCCAGUGCUGGUGGGCUUGCUGGAUCACCCUAAAGCAGAAGUCCAUCGCAAGUCCUGCGGAGCUUUGAGAAACAUCUCCUACGGCAAGGACCACGAUAACAAGGUGGCCAUCAAGAGCUGUGAUGGGAUUCCUGCUCUCAUACGUCUGCUGAGGAAAACCAAUGACAUGGAAGUUCGGGAACUUAUCACAGGAACACUUUGGAACUUGUCCUCAUAUGAGCCACUGAAGAUGGUGAUAAUUAACCACGGGCUUCAGACGAUGACUAACGAGGUCAUUAUCCCUCAUUCGGGCUGGGAACACGAGCCGAACGAGGACUCAAAGCCACGAGAUGCAGAGUGGACCACAGUCUUUAAGAACACAUCAGGAUGUUUAAGGAAUGUGAGCUCAGACGGUGCAGAGGCACGCAGACGGUUGAGAGAGUGUGAGGGGCUGGUAGAUGCCUUGCUGCAUGCACUGCAAUCUGCAGUGGGAAAGAAGGACAUGGACAGCAAAUCUGUGGAGAAUUGUGUGUGCAUCAUGAGGAACCUGUCUUACCACGUGCACAAGGAGGUGCCAGGGGCCGAGAAGUUCCAGGAUCCCUCAGCUCUUCAGGGCCCUGGCUCUGCUGGCACUCAGAGGAAGAAGAAAGAUGAUGCAGGCUGCUUCGGAGGAAAGAAGGCCAAAGAGGAAUGGUUUAAUCAAGGGAGGAAAAACGGAGACCAUGACAAAAACUAUGACACGUUGGACCUACCCAAGCGCACAGAACCCACUAAAGGUUUUGAAUUACUGUAUCAGCCGGAGGUGGUCCGACUCUACCUGUCCCUGCUUACAGAAAGCCAGAACUAUAACACGCUAGAAGCAGCGGCCGGAGCUCUACAGAACCUCAGUGCUGGACAGUGGACAUGGUCGAACUAUAUCCGGGCAACAGUGCGUAAGGAGAAAGGACUGCCAAUCCUCGUCGAGCUCUUGCGCUCUGACUCAGACAAGGUGGUGCGAGCUGUAUCCAUCGCUCUGAGGAACCUGUCCAUUGACUGCCGCAACAAAGACCUAAUAGGGAGUUACGCUAUGAGGGACUUGGUCAGCAACUUGCCCAGCGGACAGCAGCGGCCAGCCAAGAACCUGGAGGAGGACACAGUAGUGGCCAUCCUCAACACCAUCCAUGAAAUCAUCAUUGACAGCUCUGAGAACGCCCGCUCUCUCAUUACUGCUCAAGCAAUCGACAAACUAGUGGCCAUCAACAGGACCAGCCAGUCAGCAAGGGAAACCAAAGCUGCUUCCCAUGUACUACAGACGGUUUGGAGCUAUAAGGAGCUGAGAAAUGCCCUGACCAAGGAUGGCUGGAAUAAAACACACUUCCAACCGAUACCGACUGGCACUCCCAAAGGAUCUAAGAGUUGCAAGCCUGGCUACGACGAUACUACACUCCCCUUGAUGGAGACGAACCAAGGCAACAGAGGGUGUAGCGGUGGGGAUGUGAUACCUAUGGAUGAACUCGGUCCAGAUGGCUAUUCGACGAUUGACCAGAGAGACAAAGUCUCCAAGUACAAAAGCAGCGACGGCUCAUCUGAUCUGCAGGAGCGGGAGCCGUUAAAGGUCAGAGCUGAAGUGUCAGAAAAUGACACAAAUAGGAAACACUAUAUCAGGAGCAACAGGCCGACUGUCAGCUUGGUGGAUGCUUGUGAUGUAAAACCUCAGCCUGUUGACUCCUGGGUCUAAAUGCACGCAUGGCUUAGCUAGCAACAGCGCCACAUCUUACCACACAAGGAUUUCACGUCACCACUGCCGUUAACCGCAGAGCUCACCGUGAUGUGGACUCAUCUGAAGACUUUUGCCUAAAAGAGCGAGAGAAAAAUACAAACUUUCAUUCAACAGCCAAUAUUUUGAGAUUUCUCAACAAGUGAAAAGGGGAAAAAAGUACCAUUUCUCAUAUGUACAUUCCCACUGGACGUAGUGUACCCAGAACUGAGGAUUUGCUGUCACGGAGCCAGAAUGAUGGAUUGAUUUGAGUGUACAGGAAGUGCUGUCAUGGACGUGGACGUGUAUUGGAAAGAAUUGGAUUGAGGGGUAAAAGGAAAUAAGAAAAAACACUAUUUUUAUGUCAAAACAAAAAAAUAUAAUUUUUGCCUAUAUUAUUUUUGUUGUACGUUUCUGCCUGAUUACUGUUGGAUUUGGUUUCCCCCAAAGUGCAGUGAAUUGUGAAUUUUGUUUUCGUUUGUUUUCAUUUUGUAGCGUUUUAAUGAAA